CAACAUUGGCGACUUGCGACGAUAACCUCACUCCUCCAGCAGCAAUACACAUUUUGUUGAUGCUGUUCUCGUCGUGCAGAACACUGCGCCCAUAUAGCCACGAUGGACACAAUUCAAUUCGAUAUCAACGAUGCUCUUAAGCACUACAUGAGCGAUCCUGCCACGAUCGCUACGCCUGAAGCAGAUUCAAACCUCGUCGAUUGCGAAAACGACCCAGACUCACUCACCAACUCACUGAUAAAUACCGUACUGAAUCCAAUAGUUGAUGCAGUGGCAGAGAAUCCCGAUGCGAUCACAAGAAGCUCUUCAUUUGAUUCCUUGCAAUUUCUGUUAAAGUCCUCCUCCGUCCUGCCUACACAUGCCUUGAGCAAGAUCUUUGAUCUCGUUGUCUCGGGUCUUUCAACGGAAGCCGACGUUAUCCACAACGAUCUCGAAUCGGACGAACAAGAGCUGGUCUCGCAUCACAAACAGCUGUUAGAAGUCUUCGGCUUUCUGCUGCAAUGGACCAUAGCAGCUGUCGAGACAAAAGCGGCGGAGAAGUCGACGACGGCACCUGCUGCACGAGGCAGAGGAAAAGCUGCCAAAUCGAAGACGGCAUCGAAAGAUAAGGACGGAAAUUGGGAUUCGUCGGCACAACUCCAGACUGCUCUUGAUGUUAUGUGCAAAGUCCUCAAGUUGAAGCUAUCAAAAAUUUUCUUGACGACUUCUGAACGAGAUACCUUCAUUGGUCUGCUGACCAGACCUGUUUAUAUGGUUCUUGAGAGCGAACAGAGGGUUAAGAAUAAUGAAAUCAAGAUGCGUGCAUUCAAGGUUCUGUGUAUAGCUGUGAAGCAUCACGGACAUGGUUACGCUGCUCAAAUCUCGAUUGUCCAGAAUCUGACAUACUUCGAGCAUCUUGCAGAGCCGAUGGCAGAGUUUCUCCAUAUCCUCUCUGAACAAUACGACUACGCCCAACUCGCAGGCGAGAUUAUGACUGAAUUGAGCAACAAAGAAUUUAACAGCAAUGAUACCAAAGGACCGAAGUCCGUGUCAUCUUUCAUUGUCAAGCUAUCAGAGCUCGCCCCUAGACUAGUCAUCAAGCAAAUGACUAUGCUUGCAAAGCAACUCGACAGCGAGUCUUAUGCCUUGAGAUGUGCUUUGAUUGAGGUUUGCGGAAAUUUGGUAGCAGACUUGAGCAAGCAGGAAGAACGAGGCGACAACCACAAGUCACAGCUCAACGCUUUUUUUGAUGUCUUGGAGGAGCGAUUCUUGGAUCUCAAUCCGUAUUGUCGUUGCCGGACUAUCCAGGUAUACGUCAAACUUUGUGGACUUGAGCAAAAGUUUCCCAAGCGCAGACAGAAGGCCGCUGAGCUUGCUGCAAGAAGUUUGGAGGAUAAGAGCAGCAACGUUCGACGAAAUGCUAUUAAACUACUCGGAACGCUCAUCAAAACUCACCCUUUCAACGUUAUGCAUGGUGGAAUGCUUUCCCAGAAGGAAUGGAAUGCUCGAUUGGACGCUGUGGACGCAGAAUUGAACGCAUUGAAGCCUCCAGCCGGCACUCCUGGAGGCCUCGACGGCAAUGAUAAGACUGUGGAUACGCAACUUCUGGACGAUGCCACAGUCAUCGAAUCCGACUCACCACAAAAGCCAAUGACUGACGAGCAGAAAAUUGCUGCAAUCAAGAAAGCACAGGAGGAAGCUGCUACUUCGGAGGCUAUCAACAAGUUGACUCUUACGAGACGAUACUAUGUGGAAGCUUUGAAGUUCAUUGAGGUUUUGCAUGGUGCAACCACCACAAUUUGUCAACUUCUCGGUUCGAAGAACAAGAGCGAAGUCAUUGAGGCUAUGGACUACUUCCACACAGGUGAUGCUUACGACAUUGAGCAAAACAAACUGGGUAUACGAAGAAUGCUGCGGCUUAUCUGGACCAAAGGAAACAGCGAUGAGGGAAAGGGCGUCCAGAAUCAUCUCAUCGAUGUCUACAAGAGUCUCUUCUUCGAAGCUCCACCGACCUUCACUGCCAAUGAUGCCUCGAACUACAUCGCCCGAAACAUGAUCAGCUUGACAUUCGGAGCAACACCUGCUGAGUUGACAUCUUUGGAACUGCUACUUAGUACGAUGAUGAAGGCCGGUCAUAUCAGCGACCUUGUUAUCGAAAAGCUAUGGCAAGUCUACGGUGUCCAGAAGAGAGAGAUCUCGAAGAGCCAACGUCGUGGUUCCAUCAUCGUUCUGGGCAUGCUGGCUACUGCUAAGCCAGAGAUUGUUGUUGGUGAAAUGGAGACGAUGCUGCGGGUUGGUCUUGGAAGCCUUGGUCGAUCAGAUCUCCAAUUGGCAAAAUAUACAUGUAUAGCACUUCGACGAAUCAACCCCACCGGAAGACAAGCCAAGGAGACAAGUGUGCCAACGUCGAAGCUUCCUAAUGAUCAUGCUGUCCUUGUAAAGCUAGCAGCGAUCACGGAGAUUGAGUCUGACAACAAGGAAUGGUAUGGCGUUGCUGAACAAGCAAUUAGUGCCAUCUACACUUUGUCGAAGCACCCCGAUACCCUCUGCUCCGAAAUUUUGCGACGGAAGACGAAGCGUGUGUUCCAGCAACGGAUAGCCAAGACACCUGAGCCAGAGGAGCCGGAGACUUCACAGAUGGUAUCACCACCACCCGAACCAGUAGAACCAGAAUCCAAGGUUAAAGGAUCAAUUGGUCUCUCACAGCUUCUGUUCAUUGUUGGACAUGUUGCGAUCAAACAAAUUGUUCACCUCGAGCUUUGUGAGCUAGACUUCAAGAGGAGGAAAGUCGAAGCCGAGAAGAACAAACCUGCCGAAACUGUAGCAGACAAGGCUGCAAAAGAAGCAGCAGACGAUCUUGACAUGAUUGGUGGCACGACUGAGGAUGAUUUCACCGAGGCUAUGGCGCAUAUUCGAGAACGUGAGCUCUUGUACGGCGAGAACUCACUGCUGACCAAUUUUGGUCCUCUGGUGUCUGAGAUUUGCUCAAACAACACUACCUACAGAGAUAGGAAUCUUCAAGCAGCCGCAACACUGUGCUUAGCCAAGCUCAUGUGUGUCAGUUCAGAAUACUGCGAAACCAACCUACCUCUGCUAAUCACUAUCCUUGAGCGAUCGAAGGACCCCAUCACUCGGUCUAAUGUGGUCAUCGCGCUUGGUGAUAUGGCGGUCUGCUUCAACCAUCUCAUCGAUGAGAACACGGACUUCCUUUACCGACGUCUUAACGACAAGGAUGCUAGUGUCAAGAGAACUUGCUUGAUGACCCUAACAUUCUUGAUCCUGGCUGGCCAAGUCAAGGUCAAGGGCCAACUUGGAGAGAUGGCCAAGUGUCUCGAAGACGAAGACAAGAGAAUCGCUGAUCUCAGUCGCAUGUUCUUCACAGAGUUGAGCACGAAGGACAAUGCGGUGUACAAUCACUUCGUUGAUAUGUUCAGUCUGUUGAGUGCGGAGAAGGACUUGGAAGAAGACUCGCUGAGGAGGAUCAUCAAGUUCUUGGCGGGCUUUAUUGAAAAGGACAAACACGCUAAACAGCUCGCAGAAAAACUCGCGGCCAGAUUGGCGAGAUGUGAGACUGAGAGACAGUGGAACGAUGUUGCGUAUGCACUUAGUUUAUUGCAGCAUAAGAACGAGGAGAUUACGAAGCUGGUAUCUGGUGGUUUCAGGGUCGUGCAAGCAAAUGCGUAAUUCUCGAUGUAAAAUGGCAAGACGGUUUGUUACGAUGUAUAUGCAUGUAAUGUGGGAUGUGGAGUUGGUGGAAGCAAACGGAAAGGCAUGCAUGAAUGGGAUGCUGGCGUUUGUACCUAUGGUCAUGCAUAAUGAAUCAAGCGAAGACUUCUG